AUGCUGCGUCCCAAGGCUGUCCGGCACGUCGCCGCCGCCGCCGCCGGUGCCGGGCGCAGCCGGUGUCCAGCUCGACAGGCACGCGCUCUAUCCUCCACCGCCGCACGUUCCCGCCCUCCCCCGCCCAGGAACCACAAGGCAAAAGACGGCACCGUCGACGAACCCUCCUCCUCCUCCUCCUCCUCCUCCUCCUCCGCCUCGACCGCGACCGCGACAGCGACCCCACCCCCCUCGACCCUCUACGGCUACUUCCCGUUGACCCUCCCCGCCGGCGCGCCCCCCGCAGGCCCCUUCGCCGUCGACGUCCCCGCCCUGCGCCGCGAGUUCCUCUGCCUCCAGGCCGCCGCCCACCCGGACAAGCAGCCGCCCGCGCGCAAGGCCGCCGCCGAGGCCGCCUCGGCCGCCAUCAACCACGCCUACCGCACCCUCGCCGACCCGCUGCUGCGCGCCCAGUACCUGCUCGCCCUGCGCGGCGUCGACGUCGCCGCCGACGAGUCGCUGCGCCUCGACGAUUCCCCCGCCGGCGGGGCUGGGGAUGGAGACCUGCUCAUGCUCGUCCUCGACGCCCACGAGGUCAUCGAGGCCGCCGAGGCACCGCGCCACCUCGAGCCCCUGCGCGGCGAAAACGACGACCGGAUACGCCGCUGCGACGACGCGCUUGCCCGUGCUUUUGCUGCCGACGACGUCGAUGCCGCCAAGCGAGAGGCCGUCCGCCUUCGCUACUGGGUCAACAUCCGAAACGCCAUCCAUGAGUGGGAAGAGGGCAAGCCGCCCGUUCUGCAGCACUGA